AUGGCGAAGCCGUUGAAUCCAAACGCUACACCUUUCUUUUCCCGUACUAAAGUACUCGCCAACAAUGCCCAUUUUCAUGCUUUCAAUCCAUCUUUUGGAGAAACGUCGUCUAUGACUCUGGUCGUGCUUCCUCGCCGACCGGUGUAUCUGUACUCUACUAGACCAAGUAGUCCUCCUCCUCGUCGCCGGCUACCAAACCCCGUUUGGACCAGGAAGGAAGUUUCGCCGGCGACGAUGACAGUGAAACCGGUUGCUUCGGAUGACGAUGAUGAGAAUACUCGGAGCUCGACCAUCAUACCUUUUCCUGGAGAUUUUUAUGAUCUUCAAUGGUCGAACAGUACAACGGUAAUGGUCAAAAAUAUUCCCAAUUAUUUCAGACGAGGUGAUAUGAUUAGAAUCUUGGACGAACACUGUAGAUCGUCUGGUUCAAAAUACAACUUUUUGUAUUUGCCUAUGGAUUUCAACCAAUACUGGAAUCGCAAGAAAAUUGUUAAUCUUGGUUAUGGAUUUGUGAAUUUCACUUCGAGUGAGGGUGCAUGGACAUUUUUUGAAGCUUUCCACAAGUUCAGUUGGUCAUCGUCGUAUCAGAGUACUAAGGUUUGUGAAGUGGUAUUGGCAAAAAUCCAGGGUCUUGAUUCUUUGAGGGCAUCCUUUGUGAGCAAGAAUUUCUACUGUAAAAGUAAAGAGUAUCUUCCUAUUGUGUUCCUGCCAGGGCGUGAUGGAACAUCAUCUUCUGCUACUUCAGGCCAAGGAUUUAAUAUUGGCAUAAAGGUGGAAACCAGGCCUCGCCACCCCAUCAGAUCCACACAUCCACCACAACUUCAAAAACCUUGA